AUGGCACCUGUCGCAGUUUCACCUCGCUCUACCUCGCCCAGUGUGGCUUCGAACAUCAAAGCGAUCAAGGCGCAGCGACCUGUCGGACUCACCAACCGUGCGGGCAACUAUAAUUCGGAGCAUUAUGACCUCGGCGCGCUCGCUAGCGAAGCUGAUUACCCAUACAACGAUUUCAAGCCUUCCUUCCCUGACGUUCACUGGGAGCCAUACACCGCCAUCGAGCCUCCCAAGGACCGCGCUCUUUUUGCGGACCCUGACAAGAAAGCGCUCUUUGGCGCAGCUACGGCUGUCAAGGACCUCACGCAAACGAUCGGUACCGAGCUCGAAGGAAUCAAGCUCGGUCAGCUUACCGAUCAGCAGAAGGAUGAGUUGGCACUGCUCGUAGCCGAGCGAGGUGUCGUUUUCUUCCGCGGUCAGGACGACUGGACUAUCGAAGAACAGCUUGCACUCGGAAGGUACUGGGGACCCUUGCACAAGCACGCCACCACUGGUGUGCCCGCUCGUGGCGAUCUGGACGAGGUGCACGUUGUCUACGCUCAUCCCACGUCAGAUCCUCAGGAAAAGAUCUACCGCGGACCUGUCAAGCACUCGCGCUCAGACCUGUGGCAUUCAGACGUGACUUACGAAGUCAACCCUCCCUCGUACACAUCCUUCAAGUUGCUCGUCUCGCCCGAAGCGGGGGGUGACACACUCUGGGCCUCUGGCUAUGCUGCGUACGACCGCCUUUCGUAUCCUAUGCGUGAAUACCUCGAGAAGCUUACCGCGAUCCACUCGGCAGUCGACCAGGCAGAUGGUGCGCGACGACACGGUAACACGGUCCGCCGCGAUCCCGUCGAGACCGAACACCCUCUCGUCCGCGUUCACCCGGUCACCAACCACAAGGCUCUCUUCUUCAACCCAGGUUUCGUCAGGUACAUUCCCGGUGUGCCCAAGGCAGAAUCCGACUAUCUCGUCCAGUUCCUGACAAACCACGUUUCUACCGCUAGCGACUUUAGCGUUCGCUUCAAGUGGAACGCUGGUGAUGUUGCCAUCUGGGAUAACAGGACCAAUAUCCACUCGGCUAUUUACGAGGACAUCGGUGUCAGCAGGCGACAUGCCAUUCGUGUUGCUGUGCGUGGCGAGAUUCCCAAGGACAGCGAAGACGGCACCAGUCGCGAGGAAGAGUAUUAUAAGUCGAAAGGGUUCCAGGUCGACCGUACGCUGUACAAAGGUCAGAGACGUCAGUCUGGCUACAAAGAUUAA